UUGGGCGGGCUUUGUGAAGCCCGUGGCUCGCUGCUAGCUUCAAAAAGAAUGCUAACUAACCGUGAGAGUGGGAGUAGAGCUAACGUGAAAGGAACGGAAACUGUUCCAACCUUGUACUGUUAUUAACAACGUGCGACUCUUUUUAACUAGCUAUACGACGGGACGUGCAGCUAGUCAACUAAAGGACGCGUGUUUCAGAUGUCCGAGUCGUAUUCUGGAUAUUACCUCGGCUGUCCCGUUUCCAAACGGAAACAAUUUCUGUACAGAUAGUUCGUGCUAGCUAGCUACAUCAAUAAAGUAUCAAAGCGGCUCUUUUAUCAUCAGCUUUAGAGUCGAACUGAAUGUUUCAUCUGUCAUGAGUCCGGCCGGGUGCUCCCAUGUGAACGGUUAUAAGGUGGAUAAUUGGAAACAGAAUCUACGAGUUAUAUACCAAUGCUUUGUUUGGAGCGGCACCGCUGAGACCCGGAGACGAAAGGUUCUUCAGAAUGAUGCGGGAUGGACAGCAUUGGCCAAGUCGUGCAUCUGUCACAUCUGUGGGGCCCACCUGAACCGACUCCACUCCUGUCUCUACUGCGUAUUCUUCGGCUGCUUCAGCAAGAAACACAUCCACGAUCACGCCAAAAACAAGCGACACAACCUGGCUGUAGACUUAUUAUAUGGUGGAAUAUAUUGUUUUGUGUGUCAAGACUACAUAUACGACAAAGAAAUGGAGCAGAUUGCCAAAGAAGAACAGAGAAAAGCCUGGAAAUUGCAAGCAGGUAUCGGGGAGAAAUACACAACAUGGGAGCCCACCAAGCGGGAGCUAGAAUUACUACGACACAAUCCAAAGCGGAGGAAAAUCACUACAAACUGCACCAUAGGUUUACGAGGGUUAAUAAACUUGGGCAACACGUGUUUCAUGAACUGCAUUGUUCAGGCACUCACGCACACACCGCUGCUACGGGACUUCUUCCUCUCGGACAGACACAAAUGCGAGAUGCAAUCAAACUCCUGUCUGGUCUGUGAAAUGUCCCAGCUCUUUCAAGAGUUCUACUCCGGCCACCGGUCGCCCCACAUUCCCUUCCGGCUGCUGCACCUGGUGUGGACCCAUGCCAAACACCUGGCCGGCUACGAGCAGCAGGACGCACACGAGUUCCUCAUCGCCGCGCUGGACGUGCUGCACCGGCACUGCAAGGGGGACACCACGCGAGAUGACAACGGAAAGAAGGCCAACAAUCCAAACCACUGUAACUGCAUCAUAGACCAAAUCUUCACUGGGGGCCUGCAAUCAGACGUCACUUGUCAAGUUUGCACUGGCGUUUCCACGACGAUAGAUCCCUUCUGGGACAUCAGCCUGGACCUGCCCGGCUCGUCCACACCUUUCUGGCCCCUGAGUCCGGGAGGGGACGGCAGCGCGGUCAACGGCGAGAGCCACCUGUCAGGAUCGACCACACUCACAGACUGCCUACGCAGGUUCACGCGGCCCGAGCAUCUCGGAAGCAGUGCCAAAAUCAAAUGCGGUGGUUGCCAUAGCUACCAGGAGUCCACCAAACAGCUGACGAUGAAGAAGCUCCCCAUUGUGGCGUGUUUUCAUCUGAAAAGGUUCGAGCACUCGGCUAAACUGCGGAGGAAAAUCACCACGUACGUGUCCUUCCCGCUGGAGCUGGACAUGACACCCUUCAUGGCCUCCAGUAAAGAGAGCAGAAUGAACGGCCAGUACCAACAAACUGUUGAUGUAUUAAACAACGACAAUAAGUAUGCCUUGUUUGCGGUGGUCAACCACCAGGGGACGCUAGAGAGCGGACACUACACGAGCUUCAUCCGCCAACACAAGGACCAGUGGUUCAAAUGUGACGACGCCAUCAUCACCAAGGCAACCAUCAAGGACGUCCUGGACAGCGAAGGGUAUUUGUUGUUCUACCACAAGCAGUUCCUGGAGUACGAGUAAGCCUUAACGCGGGAUCACGCUGCCCAGCGUGGAGAACACGACGUCUCUUUAUGGCUGCUGAAUCCCGGGCCGACGGGAGGGGGUGGGGUGGGGUGGGGGGGGGCAAAGAGAGGACAGACGGACGGACGACCCGGAAACACACAAACCUACCUGAAGCGCUCUCCACUCUCCCGCGCCGGCCGGAUCACCCGAGAGUGAGAGUCGACGAGAAAAAAAAAUACAAUAAAAGAUCGAAGACUUCUGAAAUCAUGCAACCUCUCCACAAACAAACACAAAAAAAUAACUAUACACAAAAAAAAACAACGCACUGAGCUUCUUCACGCCGGCUACUUGACGAAUGCGAGCGGGGAGGAUGAGGGAUAGGACGUAGAGGAAGGGUUGAUGGUAGUCUGUUUCCCCCCUCCCUCUUUCACCCUCACUCCCCCCUCCCUCUGCUGCAGGGGUGGGGUGGAAGCAGGUCAGAGGUCAGCCACGCGGAUCGGGGCACAUGAGGACAUGAGGACCGAUUUAUUACAGUGUUGUAUUCUAACUGUUAUUUUUUUCUUUCCCUCUCAUUUCUCUCCCAUGGUGCUCUUGUUUCAACCGACCAAGCAUUUAACUGAGUUCAGUCACGGUGGAUUACAAAAAAAAAACUUUUGUCGUAUGCAUAUGGAACUUGAAUGCAAAAGAAAAAAAAAAUGUUAACAAAAAAAACGAUCAUAAAACUACACAAAAUCAAGGUAUUAUCAACUGUUUUGUGAGAACAGUUUUAAAGGUAUGGUUAUGAUUCGUAUCAUUUGUGAAUUUAGUUAUCCAAUACUGUAUGAAUUUAGUAAAUAUCUAUUUUUGAAGAGAAAUGAAAUUAUGUGGGAUCUAAGAGAUACCAGUUGCUGGUGCAGUGCUGCCAUGGAAACCAAACGGACUUGGACGCAAGCAUACCUAAUACUCACUUGUUCUGUUUUUUUUUAUUUGUUCUGUUUUUCACUCUGGCUGAGGGCAGCAAAUAUACCCUUUUUAUAAGCAACUCAUUGAAUUUUGAGUUUUUGUUUACUGUUCCGUUCGGUGAAUAUAUUCAUUUUUAUUUUUUUUUAUUUUUUUUGUUGCAGUGUCCCUUUGCUGUCCUGGUACUGAAGAAGAAAAAAAAUGGGGGCGUAUACUUUUCAUGUGGAAUAGUUGGUAUGAUGACGACGACGGUGAUGAAAUUGGCUCACGUUAGCUGUUGAUUAAUUGUAUGUUAUGUGUUAGCUGUGCGGGGGGCAUUCUGGUGUGAAGAUACUGUAUGCAUUGUCCUCGGUUUGGGACUCCUUGUAUUUUCGAGAAUGCUGUGGUCCUCAUCAUUGGAUCAGCAGCGAUCGCUGUUGCGCACCAAAACAAAAAAAAAAGGCCCUUUCAACACCGCAUGUGACGGGGGGGAAAGGGGCCUGCAAGCGCCUCAACGGCCUCCCCGCGGUGAUGCCGGAGGCCUGCGGUCCCUCGGGUCGGUUCUGUCUUGAGGCUCGGUUACCGUGAUUCCUGUACUGUAUAAAGGAGGGAGGGGGAUGUAUUCAAAAGGGCAAAAAACGAAUUGCACGUACAUAGGCACCACCACUCAGGCCACACGCCCGACUCUGAUCUAUCGGUGGUCCCUUCUCCAUGGCAACCGUGAGGCUGGCGGUGUGGUUAUGUGGUGUUUAUCUCCGCCUCCGCAGUGCAGUAAACCUGGCCCUCUACUCAAUCAAUACGCUGUCUUUGGAGUCCGAUUGUUUUUGAGGUGAUGCACAUACGCCAGGCUGUUUUGGUGUUUUCAUGUUGAAAUAUUCACGGUUUGUGUACAAAAGAAAAAGAAAAAAAGGAUGAAAAAAAUCACUUGCAUAUAAAAGGAGCCCCCCCCCCCCCAUCACAAAGUAAUAUCACAUUAUUGCCACAGCCCACCCGGGUUGUUUCGCUGCUCUGUAAUUAAAACAACAAAGUGCAUAUCUUUGGUGUGCUGCAGAACCUCUCAAACCCUGAGCCAAAAGGACGGAGGAGUGUGAUCACGGACUUGCUAAAUGGUUGCACCAAAGUGUUGAUGUAUCACGGCACAGAUCAUGCCGCACAAUGGACAUUCAGGGAUGCGGCUGAAACGAAAAAGGAAGAGAAAUAGCUUCAUUGUCCGUUUCAGUGAUUAAACUCAGAACAAAACUGCAA